AUGCGCUGUUUUUUUGUGGUCACAAAAUUGCUCCUGCUCAAACUGCUCCUGGCCAGCACAGCCGGCCUACACGCCUACGAUUUCGGUUAUCAUCCGAGUGCCGAGGAAUUCGAUAAUUUUGUACGCGAAACGAAACGUACGUGGACGCGUGAUCUACUCGCCAACGCGCAUCGACAUGCGUGGACCGCGAAACCGCCUUAUCGCGUAGCGGGCGGUUCAUUUGUGCCUAAAUAUAAUAACAACAAAGAACUUUUGAAUAUCGCGACAAAACAGACUACCACCACCACCACUGGCGCGUGGCCAGGACAUGUGCAACGUGUUGGUCGGCCGCUGAGCCAACAUUAUGCAUCGCCUAGUGUAGUUGCGGCGACGCAUGCGCUCAACGGCAAUACGGUGGGUUCGAGUUUCGAUUUCAAACUGUUCGAUGCGGGUGAAAGUGGACAGGUGGGUGAGCUAAACGCAAUCGAUUUGCCCACUUUUCAAGAUUACCCACAUUUACCUACAACCUCCUCAGAGCAUACGCAGUUGCAAGUGGUCGCGAGUGAUACGCGUAUGCCACCAAUUAAGCAAACUGUAAGCAAUAUCAUUGAGAUUGCAACUUCCACCGAAUCGCAGAAGCAUGGAAGCAGUCAGACCCACAGUCAGAGUAUCGGCAAACUCACUACGAACAACACAAAAGAGAAAUUUCCCUUAUUCUUUACAAAUCCUACAACGGGUAUUAUUUAUGCGAUCACCGAGGUGGGACGCAUGCCCGAUAGCGCCACCACGCCAACCCCCACCACCAAUGACAGUAUACCGAUUUACAUUUCGAAAGAGCAAUACGAACGUGAUUUGUAUCUACAACGUAAAUACUACGAGCAAAAUUGUCAUGCUAGCACUACGGCGGCACAAGUUUCCAGCGAUCGUGUAGACACAACUGCUAAUACGGUUUUAUCGGUGGCUAAGAAUAGCACAAUGCGUCCACAAAUAAUACGUCUUCAGAGACCACCAUCAAUGGGUAUAAAAAAAUUGCCCACCGACAAGUUACCCUUACCCCAGCUCAUCAAACCACCACCGGUCAUUGUGCAAACCGAGUUGACGAUCAGUGAUCAAGUGCGCUUACCAACGCGGAAGGUUAAAACUAAAGUUAAACGUAAGAAUAAGAAGAAACCCAACAGACCGGGCAGACCUAAGCCCAAUCUAUCGUUGGUCACACGUGGUGAAUUGCCACCGAUUAUCAAAGGCGUACGGGCGUCGACACCUAAGCCGCAGACAAGCACGGAAAAACCGGCAGUCGCCACGCAAUUGGAGAAGCCGAACUAUACAAACGGUGUAUUCAGUAAAACCGACUCGUCGCUGGAGCAACAUCAUUUGCGUAAGCGCUCCGUCACAAAUAUACGCGCCUACUUGAAUGAAGCGCACAAUGCGACUUUGCACGAACAGCAGCACAUAAGCCAAGUCAGUUUAACCCAGGCUGCUGUGGCGAACAGUAUUCUGGCUAAAAAUAAUGCUAAGCAUAAGGUCAUAAAAAGACGACCCAGAGUUAGAAAACGCCAACCGAAGCUUGGCAAUUCCACUACGGUACACAGCUUAAGCAAUAGUGCUUACAAUCGCACUAAUUGGUCGGUCGCCCGAAAACAAGCCGAGCCAAGAUCAAACUCAACAAACGUAAGCAAUAAACAAACAGUCAAGAAAGCUGCUAAAGCAAAUCAAACACUCAGCAAUAAUGGCAGGAUGACAAGUUUACCAACAUUACCAUUGGGCACUAAGCGCAACAACACCGAGGGAAAGAAAAUCAAACACAAAAGGAGAAAAAAGAAGAAGGAUAAGUUUGAAAAGAGAGGUGAGUUCGAUCUCUUUGACUUUGGCAUCGAUGAAGAUGACGAUGAGGAGGACGACGAAGAAACCACGCUUGGGAAAGAUGAUGAUGAAGACGAUGAUGAUGAUGAAAACGAGGAUGAGGACGAAGAAGAAGACGAUGAUGAAGACAUCUACUACGAUUACACACCAACUAAAAGACCAGUAAAGCGUAGAAAUAAUAAAAAUCAUAAAGAAUCAAAACAUUCCAAAAGCCAGGAUGAGGAGGAGACUGAGGAAUCUACGGAAGAAACUACAGAUACAAAUGAAGAUACAACGCUUGUAGAUAGAGACUCUAUAAUAAUUGACGAUGGUAGUUCGGCCGAGCCAAGUGCUGACUUUGGUGCGCUCGCAUCUGAAGAAACUGUUUUAAUCAAUCCACCCACCUCUACAACCACCACCACCACAACAACAACAACAACAACGACAACGAAGAAACCAAAAACCAACACAAAAGCAGCCACGAAGAAACGCAUACGUAGACGACCAUCGUCCAGCGAUAGCUCAACAUCCUACGAAGAUUACGAGUACGAUGAUGAUGGCGUUGGUGCUGGCAACGGUAUUGGUGGAUUUUUCCGUAUGAUCUUCUAUCCGGUGCAAGCAUUUAUGAACGGUGUCGCUGAUAAUUUUGGUAAUAAAGAUUCGGAAGAGGAGCAAUACUCAUAUCCCACAUACACCACAUACAACAAUGGCAUACAACCGCUGGAGAGUGAUGAAUAUGAAGAGGAGGAGCAGGCAAGUUCGCUGACAAGUUGGUUGAGCUCAUGGUUUGGUUUUAAUAGACGUACCAAGAAUAUUGGCAGCACAACACCAGUGCCGCCGCCGCCGCCGCCGCCACCACCACCCACGGCGCCGCCGAGUUGGUUUGAGUCUUGGUUUAAUUUCGGUAACAUGCAGCCAUCAAGCGAGGAGACAAGUAAUAAUGAUGAUAAAUGGUUCUUCGGUUGGUUUGAUUCGAAACCGAAACGACGACGCAAGACUACCACAACUACAACAACAGUGCGUACACCCGCCGCGCAAGUGCCCAUUCUGACAAUUGUCGAUCCACUUAAGAAUCCACAAAAUUGGAUUGGCAUUUUGGCACAUCACAUAAUAAAUUCCACCACAGCGACAGUGACACAAAAUCCCAUUGUGAAUGCAAUUGCUCAAGCGGCUGCCAUCAAUCCAGAUGUACCACGCAAGAUCACCUAUGAUCGCUAUCAGAUUUGGCGCCUUAAACCGUUGGAUGACGCGCAGGUGCAUGCAUUGGAGGAGUACAAGAAGAGUGAGGAUGGCAUAAAACUGCAGUGGCUCAAGGGUCCCAGUUUACGCGGUCUCACCGAUGUGCUCGUGCCGCCAAAACAAUUACUCGAUUUUGAGGCCAGCCUGAGCUUUGAAUCGAUCGCGCAUGAAGUGCUUAUUUACGAUGUGGGUAAAGCGAUCGCCUAUGAGAGGGCACAAGAGCAGUUUCACUUUAAUGCCGCUAUGCGACCACAUAAAAAUAAUAAACAGCAGCAACAACAACAAAAACCGACACAACCAGUCACCAUGACUUGGCAUAAAUACUAUGAAUAUGAUGAUAUUAUAACACAUUUGGAAAUGUUACGCAUGCGCCACCCACAAUUAAUCGAGCUCAUACAUAUCGGUCGCUCGUAUGAGGGGCGGCCAUUGGUGAUCGUGAAGAUCGAGUCGAAAGAGCAUGCGGCUAGCGUCGCCACGGAAACGCUGGUGGCACAGAAAAAGUUGAAGAGCAAAAAGCAACCGAAAGAGGCGAAUGCCGUCUUUAUUGAAUCGGGCACACACGGCGCGGAAUGGAUUGGACCGGCUACAUCGCUUUGGAUGAUCAGUGAACUGUUGCGACUGAUCAAAAGUAACAAGACAACCAUCGACAAUGAGUAUAUUAAGAACACCACCUGGUAUUUUAUGCCCAUACUCAAUCCCGAUGGUUAUGUGUAUAGUCAUAAAUACGAUCGUUUUUGGCGUAAGACACGUUCUCGGCACAUUGCACGCCGUAACGGUAUUAUCGAUUCGGCAAUGACUUGGCUGCAGCAGAAGAAGGUGGCAACACGUGUCUGUUACGGUGUGGAUUUGGAUCGUAAUUGGCAUUAUCAGUGGGGCAAACGUGGCAGCUCAAAAACACCAUGCAAUGAGCAAUACGCGGGUCCAGGACCGUUUUCCGAACCCGAAACGAAAGCACUUUCCGAAUUCCUAAUAGAUUAUCGUAAGCAGAUUAAGAUCUACAUUUCAUUACAAGCCUACGGCCAGAUUAUUUCAUAUCCCAUGAAAGCGAACAGCUCAUUCAAUGCCGAACGCAUCGAUGACUUUCUCGAUGUGGCGAUGGUGGGAACGGAUGGCUUGCGUAAGCAAGGCAGCAAAUCACGCUAUAAAAUUGAUUCAACCAGUGAUCUGGUGGAAAACCGCUCCGGUUGUUCUGACGCCUUUGCCGCUUAUGAGGUUGGCAUACCCUUCAGUUUCACCAUACAACUGGCUGAUAACGGUGUACAUGGCUAUCUCUUGCCCAGCGCAUCCAUAGAGCCAACAGCACGUGACGCAUUCGAAAUAAUUACAGCUAUGGUUGAUUACAUUUGAGAGAGUGAGAGCGAGAGAGAGAGAGAGAGAGAGCGAGGUGGUGGUAGAAGGAGCGAGAGGGAGGGCAGUGGGAAAGCAUCGAGAUCCUAAGUAAAACUAGAUUACAACUAACUGUGCAUAUUUUUAUAUAAUUUGUAAAUAUUUAUGAGUAUUUAUUGAAUAGUAAUUAAACUGCGUACGAUUAAUGGAUAAAAGUACGUGACUUUAGUAAAUUAAUUUGUAACUUUUUUUUAUUUAAUGAGAGAAGCCAAUAUAUUUGUUGCUUUCUUCGGUGUUGUUGUUGUUCUUAUAGUGGCUUUCCAGCCCGACUGGCGAGCUCAGCCGAGGCAUUGAGUUCAUCUAACGAGAAACGAACGAAUGUGGGGUUAGAUGAGUUGGCCAUGCAAAGAGGUGGUCAGUGUCGGGCGAGGUCUCUCAAGCGUGGAUAAGUAGGAAUGAAAUCGACUACAUAUGUAUAGAUAGAUAUAUACAUAUAUAUAUUCAA